AUGGAGCGAGAUUCCAUCUAUUUCGUUCGUAGAUGUCCUGAAUAUCAGGUACACAGGGAUUUGAUACAUUCUCCUUCAUCUGAAUUGCAUACAAUGCCUGCUCCAUGGCUUUUUGUGGCUUGGGAAAUGAACAUAAUUGGACCAAUUGAAUCGAAAGCCUCAAAUGGACAUAGGUUCAUCUUAGUAGCCAUUGAUUAUUUUACGAAGUGGAUAGAAGCAACGACUUUCAAGUCAGUGACCAAGAAAGCGCAAUAUAAGAUUAUGCAUCGAAAUUCAACUCCUUAUCGCCCAAAGACAAAUGGGGUUGUACAAGCGGCCAACAAGAACUUAAAGAAAAUACUUCACAAGAUGGUACAGGGUUCCCGACAAUGGCAUGAAAAGUUACCUUUUGCUUUGUUGGGUUAUCGUCCUACAGUUCGGACUUCAAUUGGUGCAACUCCUUACUUGUUGGUGUACAGAACUGAAGAAGUUAUACAUAAAGAAAUUGAGAUUCCAUCUCUUCAAGUUGUUGUAGAAGCCAAAAUUGAUGAUGAUUAG